AUGCUUGUCCUUUUGCCAUUCAUUUUCACCUUGGGUGCAACUGCACCAGUAGUGAUAAACACCGUCAUAGUCACUCAAACAUAUGGAGCAAAUCAGAAUUUACAAACGGCUCAAACAAAGAAUGUACAGACAACACCAUCACCAGUGCAAGCUAGUCAAAUUCAAGCACAACAAACAGCCAGUACUAGUAGCUUCAACAUUUUUGGAGAAAUAGCUCAACUUUUUGGUUUUGGGUCCACCUCUGAAGCAUCAAACGUUGCCAAUACAUCGCCAGCUGCUGUCACUGCUACAUCACCAGCUGUUACAACAACUCCAGUUGCAGGAACAGCAACACCAACACCAACAACAUUUCUGGCUAUUUCGUCAAUUGCAUCCCUGCCGUCGUCCGAAUCUCCCUUUACUACAACACAACUACAAACAGACACCCCCUCCACGCAGACCAACUCCGCAUCCUCGGCAAUAGAAUCAUCACAAUCCUCAAACUUUGUACUUGACGAAGCAGUUUCCUCCACGCCACAAUCAGGCAACGCGUAUUUAACUACAGUGAACAAAAUUUGGCAAAGGUUUUGGGAAAAUGGGAAAUGGAAUCAGGAGGAUAGCAUUUGCCAAGAUGAUUCCUACCAAAUUCCAUCAGUUUGGGAUAUGGCAGUUUUGGGUAAGGCCAUAGCUGAUUCUGGUGAUACUAAUGGAGUCGAGACCACCAUUUCACGAAUCUUGGAAUAUUACGACUCAAACACUGGUGCUUUCUCAUCAACGCCAAACUCAUCUCUGGAGAUUUAUAGUGAUGAUAACUCGCAGUUAUUGUGGGUCUUUUUGGAUGCGUACAAGAUGACCAACAAAGAACAGUACUUGAAAUACGCUGAAGGUAUCAUGGAUUAUUUGAAAACGCAAAACUAUCAAAAUACUGGUGGGAUCAUUUGGAAAAGAGACCAGUCAUAUAUUGCAUCUAUAUCCACAACAGAAGUUGCUUUGAGUGCCAUGAGAUUGUACGAGUUCAAUAAUGACGAGUCUUUGGUUGAGUUGGCACAAAACUGCAUGGACUUCAUGUUUAAUCAUUUGCAAGAUAGUGAUUCCUUGUUUUUUGAUGGAUUAGAUAAAGAGACUUUUUCAGUCAAUAAGGGAAAAUUGACAUAUACUGUUGGUUGUGCCAUCAGCACCUUGGUGAAGCUUGGAACGCAAGAUGCCUUGAACAAGGCAUUGGAUCUUGCCACGGCCGCUACAAACACAGAUGGGGCUUUUUACACUUCUGAGGGUAUUUGGAACAAUAGCCUUCAGUACGUACAUUUAUUAUUUGUUGGUUUCGGUGACGCUUUUGGAACUGGCAAAUUUGACAAAUUCAAAGAUGAAGUGACAAGACAAGGAAAUUACAUUUACGAAUUCGUUCAGGACCCUGAUGAUGCGAACCUUUACUUUGAUCUGGCCACCAGUGGAACGCCAAGUACCUAUGCCAAAUACGCCAAAGUUUUUUCUACGUCUGGAGCAACAUACAAACCUAAUGAGGAUCUCUACUGUAGUGGAAGCUCCUCAGGGCCAGCUCCCAAAAGUUUGUUGACAAACGCCAGUGCGGGUCAGAUUUUGUACCAAUUGGCAAAUUAUUGA